AGGGAAAAAGCGAUAUCGUUAAGAAGCGCAUAUACCAUUCAUUCGCCGCACCUUUUAUAUAGAGGAGACCGAGUACGCUACUUUGUUUCUCUCUCUCACUAGGGCGCCUCUCUCUCUCUCUCUUUAUCUCAGUGUCUGCGAUUUUCCAGGUUUUUUUUUGUCCGAGGAGCGUCGUUGAAUAAAUAGUGAUUAUCUGUGACGUCUAAAACUAGUCAAGAUGGUGAAGUUCACAGCUGAAGAGCUUAGACGUAUUAUGGACUUCAAGCAUAACAUCCGUAAUAUGUCUGUUAUUGCGCAUGUCGACCACGGGAAGUCAACCCUCACUGACUCUCUGGUGGCUGCCGCUGGUAUCAUUGCACAAGAAGUUGCUGGUGAUGUCCGGAUGACUGAUACCCGUGCUGAUGAGGCAGAACGUGGCAUCACCAUCAAGUCUACUGGUAUUUCUCUCUACUAUGAGAUGACUGAUGAAGCCUUGAAGAAUUACAAAGGAGAGCGAAAUGGGAAUGAAUACCUUAUCAAUCUCAUCGAUUCCCCCGGGCACGUCGACUUCUCAUCAGAGGUUACAGCUGCUCUUCGUAUCACUGAUGGUGCACUUGUGGUUGUCGACUGUAUUGAAGGUGUAUGUGUCCAAACAGAAACUGUGCUCCGUCAGGCCCUUGGUGAAAGGAUUAGGCCUGUGUUGACUGUUAACAAGAUGGACAGGUGCUUCCUUGAGCUGCAGGUUGAUGGAGAGGAAGCUUACCAAACUUUCCAGAGGGUCAUUGAGAAUGCUAACGUGAUUAUGGCCACAUAUGAAGAUCCUCUCCUCGGUGAUGUUCAGGUCUAUCCUGAGAAGGGAACAGUGGCUUUCUCUGCUGGUUUGCAUGGUUGGGCAUUUACGCUUACCAACUUUGCCAAGAUGUAUGCCUCCAAGUUUGGAGUUGAUGAGUCAAAGAUGAUGGAGCGACUAUGGGGUGAGAACUUCUUUGACCCUGCCACCAAGAAAUGGACCACCAAAAAUACUGGUUCCCCUACCUGCAAACGUGGUUUUGUUCAGUUCUGCUACGAGCCAAUCAAACAGAUUAUCAAUACUUGUAUGAAUGAUCAGAAAGAUAAGCUCUGGCCAAUGCUUCAGAAACUUGGUUGCACCAUGAAGUCUGAAGAGAAAGAUCUGAUGGGCAAGGCAUUGAUGAAGCGUGUGAUGCAGACAUGGCUCCCAGCUAGCAAUGCCCUCUUGGAAAUGAUGAUAUUUCAUCUUCCACCUCCCUCAAAGGCUCAAAAGUAUCGUGUUGAGAACUUGUAUGAAGGUCCUCUUGAUGAUGCUUAUGCCAAUGCUAUCAGGAACUGUGAUCCAGAUGGUCCUCUCAUGCUUUAUGUAUCUAAGAUGAUUCCUGCUUCUGAUAAAGGUAGGUUCUUUGCCUUUGGCCGUGUCUUUUCUGGCAGGGUCUCAACUGGUUUGAAGGUUAGGAUCAUGGGUCCCAACUAUGUGCCUGGAGAGAAGAAAGAUCUGUAUGUCAAGAGUGUACAGAGAACAGUUAUUUGGAUGGGAAAGAGGCAAGAAACAGUGGAAGAUGUUCCCUGUGGUAAUACAGUUGCUAUGGUUGGUUUGGAUCAGUUCAUCACCAAGAAUGCUACUCUCACUAAUGAGAAGGAAGUUGAUGCACACCCAAUCCGUGCUAUGAAGUUCUCUGUCUCACCUGUUGUGCGUGUGGCUGUGCAGUGUAAGGUUGCAUCUGACCUUCCAAAACUUGUUGAAGGCCUUAAACGUUUGGCCAAGUCUGACCCUAUGGUGGUGUGUACCAUUGAGGAAUCUGGAGAGCACAUUGUGGCUGGUGCUGGUGAACUCCACCUUGAGAUCUGUUUGAAGGAUUUGCAGGAAGACUUCAUGGGUGGAGCUGAGAUUAUCAAGUCUGAUCCUGUUGUGUCCUUCCGUGAGACUGUCCUUGAGAAGUCUUGCCGUACCGUGAUGAGCAAGUCUCCUAACAAGCACAAUCGUCUGUACAUGGAAGCCCGACCACUGGAAGAGGGGCUUCCCGAGGCUAUUGAUGAUGGCAAGAUUGGUCCAAGGGAUGAUCCCAAGGUUCGUUCUAAGAUUUUGUCAGAGGAGUUUGGUUGGGACAAGGAUCUUGCCAAGAAAAUCUGGUGUUUUGGCCCUGAGACUACUGGUCCUAACAUGGUGGUUGAUAUGUGUAAGGGAGUUCAAUACCUUAAUGAAAUUAAGGAUUCUGUUGUUGCUGGGUUCCAAUGGGCCUCAAAGGAAGGUGCCUUGGCUGAGGAAAACAUGAGGGCCAUCUGCUUUGAAGUCUGUGAUGUGGUUCUUCACGCUGAUGCGAUCCAUAGAGGUGGUGGUCAGAUCAUUCCAACUGCUAGAAGGGUUAUCUAUGCUUCCCAGCUUACUGCCAAGCCUAGGCUUCUUGAGCCCGUGUACUUGGUUGAAAUCCAAGCUCCAGAGCAGGCACUUGGUGGCAUUUACAGUGUUCUCAAUCAGAAACGUGGUCAUGUCUUUGAGGAAAUGCAGAGGCCUGGUACCCCACUUUAUAACAUCAAGGCAUACCUUCCGGUCAUUGAAUCGUUCGGUUUCUCCAGUACUUUGAGGGCUGCAACCUCUGGACAGGCUUUCCCUCAAUGUGUGUUUGAUCACUGGGAUAUGAUGUCAUCCGAUCCAUUGGAGCCUGGUUCACAGGCUUCUGCUUUGGUUGCAGAUAUCAGGAAGAGGAAGGGCUUGAAGGAACAGCCAACUCCUCUCUCUGAGUUCGAAGAUAAGCUAUAAGUAAUUUCACCACACUUUUCAGGUCAAUUGGAUUUAAAGAUUUGGUGAUAGCGGAGAGAGAAACAAGAGAUUGGGGGGGCACCACCACCGUUUUGUUUUUGUUCCAGUUUUACGUUUUAUGUUUUUACUCGUUAGUUAUUUUUGCAAUAUUUUUAUUAUGUAGCAUUAUCCUUCCAGAAAGUCGAGUCAUGUUUGUCCAGUCUUUUAGGUGCAUGCGUAAAACUAUUAUGACAUUAUUAAGUCUGAUUAUGUUUUGUUUUGUUAUAUGGGGUGUUUUCUAAACAAUCAAACUUUUGAAGUAAUGUCAGGUGCUGCAUUGAUUUUCA